GCAGCCCGGUGAGAACUGACUAUCCCGAGGAGCGCGUGAGGUGCUAGACGCACGUUGGGUCAGUAACAACUCGAGCGAAAAUGAUUCGCAAAUACUUUAAUUCGUCCCGGACGUUCUGAUACUUCAGAGAACUUUAAACUUGUAUUAUUUUCAGUCGCGCUUGUGUUGUCGCAGUGAGUGAGGAACUGCGCGUUGAGCGCACGCUGUGAUGGAGACGGAAGACGGUAAGAUCUCGGUGUGGGUUUGCCGUGAGGAGAAGCUGGUCUCGGGCUUAUCCAAGCGGACCACCUGCGUCGACGUGACGCGCGUUCUCCUGGAAGAGCAGAGCGUGCUGGCGGGUUCUCCCGCGUGCUACUGCAUAGUGGAGAAGUGGCGGGGGUUCGAGCGCGUGCUCCCGAACAAGACCAAGAUCCUGCGCCUCUGGAGCGCGUGGGGCGACGAGCAGGAGAACGUGCGGUUCGUGCUCGUGAAGCAGGACGCGUCUCUGCCCAAUAACGGCCCGCGCAGCGCGGAGGCUCGUGUGGUGGCCAGCAAGGAGAACUCGUGCGUGUACCGGAGCACCGCGUCCGUUACCAUGGCACUGUCGCAGGAGAAGCAGCGGCGGAUUGUGCGCAAAGCGUUCCGCAAGCUCGAGAAGAUCAACAACAAGAAGCGCACGCGGGUGUUAAGCAAGGACAAGCCCGUCACCGCGGAGAAGAUGGAGACGCUCGUGCACCUGAUCGUCUCGCAGGACCACACCAUCCGCCAGCAGAUCCAGCGCAUCCACGAGCUGGACCGGGAGAUCGAGCAGCGCGAGGCCAAAGUCCACUUGGACCGGGUCAGAACGCUCGGGACUAACUACGUGCAGGACACCUAUCUGUUCGAGCAGAGUCUGGAGACGCACGCGAACGCCGCGGAGGAGGAGCAGCGGUCCCCGGAGGUGCGCACGAGGCUGGAGGAGUACUCGCGGAGGUGCGAGGAGGUGCUGAGGCUACAAGAGGAGCUGUCGCAGCACGAGCUGCUCCUGGACAGCUUCACGGCGGAGAUCACGGACGAGCUGAACCGGCGCUGGAUGGAGCGCAGGAGAGAGGAGCUCUCGUGCACGGACCAGGAGGAUCAUCCACCGGGAGAGUCUGAGCUCGCGCUGGGCACGGAGAAGGGCACGGCAGACAGCGCGCUGCCUUUGGAGGCGGAGAGGAUCAGAACGCAGCUGGACACGAGCUUGUACAUCGGGCUCCGGUUGAACACGGAUUUAGAGGCGAUUAAGGCCGACUUGGACCUCACGCGGGAGCUGUGGGCGGCAAAGGAGAGCGAGCUGAAGGAUUUAACGGACAGAGUCGGCACGCUGGACUUAUGCGCCGAGGACAAACUAUCCGUGCAGGUGAAAGUGCCCGAGCCGUCGGUAAAUGUGGCAGACUCGGUGUGCUCCGUGAAGGCAGAGAGCGCGUGGGUGGAGCAGGCGAGAGGACUUUCAAAGACGGUCGACAUAAUUGACGACGAUUCGGACACCGGUCUGAGCUCGCUACACAGCCAGGAUUCGGACAACCCGCCCGUGUGCGAGUCGCUCGUGUGAUAUGGACACUCACCCGCGAGCCCCGGGACUUCAUCAGUAUAUUACCGUCAUCAGCGCAUGCUGAGGUUUCCACAAAGAGUAAAACUCACGAGUGCGUGCGCUAUUUAACGACACUGUGUCAGCCACCGGAGACAACGGCUCUUAAAAUGCACUUAGUGCGCCGGCAGAAGAGGGCUUGUGAAGGGAAAUGAGGCUGCUGUAUGUCGGAGGUCUGAAGGGGGAUGUGGAGUUGUGUGUGCAGCUGAUGGGGACGUGUGCUGUAACAGGGCAGCUGCGGUGGGAGGUUUAA